AUGGAAAUAAGGCGUAUUAUGGUUUUGAAUGUUUAUGGAAAGAAGCGGAAGGACUUGGCAAGGAAAAACGAUCCUAAUGCCAACCAGGAAGAGCCGUUAGUCAAACUGCCCCUGGUAUGGCGUGCUGCUGUCGUUGGAGCAUCACACAUUGUGGACUACCUCAAGUCCGACCGACCAUUGGAAGCAUAUUGA